AAAUCAGAAAAAGGUUUAAAAAAAAUAUUAUUGUAUUCAAUUGGAAUAUUCUUGUCUUUAUAAUGUACAUACAGUACGUUUGGGCUGAAUCAUCAUCGUCUUCGUAGUUUCUUACAUAUCAGAGCCGCAUUGUCAAAACGAUUCAGUAGAUCUGUGACGACUUCCUCAAAAUCUCAUCAGAAUGAAGGCUCUUAUUCUAGUUGGAGGAUUCGGAACUCGAUUGAGACCGCUUACAUUCAGCAUUCCAAAACCCCUAGUUGAUUUUGGAAACAAGCCCAUGAUUUUGCAUCAGAUUGAAGCUCUAAAAGCUGCUGGAGUUACUGAAGUUGUAUUAGCUAUCAACCACCAACAACCAGAGGUGAUGUUAAAUUUUGUGAAAGAAUAUGAGAAAAAGCUAGAGAUGAAGAUCACCUUUUCUCAAGAAACCGAACCCCUCGGGACAGCAGGGCCUCUCGCUUUGGCUCGUGACAAGCUUAUCGAUGAAUCAGGCAAACCCUUUUUUGUGCUGAACAGUGAUGUUAUCUGCGAAUAUCCACUGCUCGAGAUGAUCGAAUUUCACAAGAAUCACGCUGCUGAAGCUUCAAUCAUGGUGACCAAAGUAGAUGAUUCUUCUAAGUACGGUGUGGUGGUUAUGGAGGAGGAAGGUAAAGAAGAAUCAAGAGUUGAAAGUUUCGUUGAGAAACCAAAACAUUUUGUAGGGGACAAGAUCAACGCUGGGAUAUACCUCUUGAACCCGUCUGUGCUGGACAUGAUCGAGCUGAGACGGACGUCGAUAGAGAAAGAGAUAUUCCCUAAGAUAGCGUCAGAGAAGAAGCUUUACGCCAUGGUGCUACCAGGUUUUUGGAUGGACAUUGGUCAGCCAAAAGAUUACUUAACAGGGCAGAGAAUGUAUCUCCGCUAUCUAAGAAAGAAUGCACCAGAGGAGCUUUUAGCGUCGUCCGGAGAUCACGUGAUCGGGAAUGUUAUUGCGGAUGAGACCGCGGUUAUAGGGGAACGAUGCUUGAUAGGACCUGAUGUGGUGAUUGGUCCAGGAUGUGUGAUUGAAUCCGGUGUGAGAUUGUUUGGUUGCACUGUUAUGCGCGGUUCUCGGAUCAAGGAACAUGCUUGUGUGUCUGAUAGUAUCGUGGGAUGGGAUUCAACCGUUGGAAGUUGGGCUCGUGUAGCUAACAUAACGGUUCUUGGCAAAGAUGUUCGUGUCGCUGAUGCAGAGGUUUAUAGCAGCGGGGCUUCUAUCCAAGAACAAAUCAUAUGACUAAUUAAUAUAUGUCCAGAAACUAUGAUUGUGUGUUUCUUUUUUUUUACUAUAUGAUCAUCAUAUGUCAGAAUCUUUUGAACCUUUGUGGUUUUCAAUUACUUUUCUUUCUUUUCAAAAAUGGUUCUUAUUUGACA